CCUAAGAAGUUCGUAAAAAUUAUAUAUCUUAAUGUUACGGUGUGUUUCCCAAAAGCAUUGAGCAACACUUAAAAAUCAUUGUAGAUGUACUCUACAUGCAUUCUAUGAAGACAGAAUUAUGAGGUCACAAGCAGGAUGAUUGACAGAUCACACAUUUAACUUAAAAAUAAAAAAAAAUUUAAUUAAAUUACACGUCAAAAAAAAAAAGUAUGUAUGUGUGUGCGUAAGUAAUGCAGGAAAUAUGCUUUAAAAAUAGUUCCCUAUCAGUCACUACGAGUUAUGUCAUGACGACAGACUGGGGUCUUGCUUGGAGCACUUAUUAGCUCUGAUUAAGAGAAAAUGGCAAUGAAAGUGGUAAACUAAUCGUUAGUUACUCCCCGUGACAUGGAAAUAAAUAGGUGACCUCAUCAGGUUUUGCUGAGGAGCCGAGAACUAGUCCCUGGCUCAAAGCUGUGGCAAGGGGACAUAACAUCUUUGUUCUGAUAGCAGAGACAGACAAUGGAGCUUGACAAAGGGAAGACACAGGUUUACCUAAGGGGAAAUCUUACCAUGGAGGAAUUUAAUUUUUAUCUGUAGGGAAUCAGCCAGAUGGACAAUUAGCCAAGUACCAGGGUUGCCCAACCCCUGGGAAAGGAGGUCCAUCCUCAGAGGUAUUCGCUUGGGAGGGGCUGUCACAACGAGCAUGAGUUCUGGGAACAAGGUCUGGGUGGGCCAGUAUGGAGCAACCAGCAAGACCAGCUCCUCAUCCUCCUGGAUCUUGCAUGGUGUCUGUGCUGGACUCUUAAGAAGCAAAGAGAUCUACCUGGGCUUCUCCAAAUUUACUACAAAUCAGCUGCAUUGUCUCAAGAUGGAGUCGCCAUUCUCCAGGGAACAUAAACUGUGAAUGCACAUCGGCUGCACAAUUGAGUUCCCCCAAAAUGUGGACGGCUCAAAUAACUUAAACCACGUCUGGCCGACGAAGGAGGAAAUGUAGGCAAGCUGUGACAUGCGGCGUGACCGUAGACCUACCUGGUUGUUGAUGUAAGAGACAGCCACAAGGCUGCCUGCUUGUUACAUGUGAUGUCCCAGCUCGACAUGGAGGCAUCUGUUGUGACAGCAACAUGCUGAGACACUUGUUCUAAGGGGGAACCCGAGGUGGUGUGGUGGUAAAUGGAGAAUCAUGCUGGUAUGUGUUGCAUUACCUCAGUCUGUACAGCCGAAAAGUGCUGAACAAAGUCCUUUACAGUGUCAGCGUCACACAGAGUCUUGUCAGUGUGACCUUUUUUAUCGCCAAAAGUCCAAAAUCGGUCGCCGUGUGCAGCUCCAGCAUCAAUCCCUGGUCAGAGCCACCCUCCUCCACUCUUCUAGUACCAUGGCUUGAUAGAUUGGCAGAAUCGCCAUGGCAUGCAAGGCAAAGGGAGCUUGAUCAGAAGCACAGUAGGCUUUAGAAACGAGAGCUGCCAUAAUCAUACAGGCUCCACCACAGACACCACAACCGCUCUCUCCACAUGGGGAAUAUCCACAUACCUCCAAGCUGCCCCACCAUCGAGGGUGGUGAGGAUGGAGGAGGGAGCUGUGAAAGGAGCCUUCCAUGACUUUCUCAACUCCUCAUGCACUUCUGGGAAGAAAGGGUCUGAUGCUCACUGGUCCUCCACCCCGAAGAGCUGAGAAAUAAAAAAAAAUAAUAAUACAAAUACAAUAAUACAAAUAAAUAAUAAAACAAGUAAAACAAAAAUAAGAGAAUAAUUUUAUGCAGUGUGGCAGAUAUUAUACAAAAAUAUAGAAGACUGGAUAUCCAGUGAUAUCCAGUUCACAGUGACCUAAAGCAGGCAUGGACAAAGUCGGGCCUGGAUGUGAAUCAAUUAUUUAUUAAAAGAUGGCCCUUAUGUGGCACUAUCCCUAAAUUAAUUAUUUGUCCUCAAAGCACAAUUACAAACACACAUGCAAAAGUUAAUUGAAGCAGAGCUGCAAAAGUUCUUUGAAAUGCACAAAACAAACAUGAAGAAGAAAGUACAAUAUAUUUUUGAGGGCAACAAAGAAAAAGAAGCACAAUUCAAGGAUAUUUACACAGAACUGUUCAUCACAGAGGGAGAUAUGAAAGAUGUCAAUCAUGAACAUGAGAUUCUAAAGAUCGAUGAUGCUUUCAAGAACAAAAACACACAGAACAAACCAAUCAAAUGUAAUGAUAUAUUUACUGAACUAAAGAAAAACAAUGAGAAAAACACUGUGUUGACCAAAGGAGUCGCUGGCAUAGGAAAAACAGUCUCUGUGCACAAGUUCAUCCUGGACUGGGCAGAAGGAACAGCCAAUCAAAACAUACAUUGUGUGUUCCUGCUUCCAUUCAGAGAGAUGAACUUAAUGACAAAUGAAGAUUUCAGUCUCCAUGAGUUUCUGCUGGAAUUUUAUCCUGAACUGAAGGACCUGGAGAAAUCAAUCAAAUGUAAGCUAGCAUUUAUAUUUGAUGGAUUUGAUGAGAGUCGCCUGCCUCUAAAUUUUAAUAGUAGGUCUCUGAACACUGUUGAGAAAAGAUCAUCUGUAGAUGUGCUCUUUACAAGUCUGGUCAAAGGAACUCUGCUUCCAUCAGCUCUUAUCUGGGUGACAUCACGACCCGCAGCAGCGAAUCAGAUCCCUCGUCGAUAUGUAGGUUUGUUCACAGAGGUGCGAGGAUUCACUGACCAACAGAAGGAGGAGUACUUCAGAAAGAGAAUCAAAGAUGAGAGUCUGUCCUCCAGAAUCAUCUCACACAUUAAGACGUCUCGUAGUCUCUACAUAAUGUGCCACAUUCCUGUGUUCUGCUGGAUCACAGCCACAGUACUUCAGGAUAUUCUCACUGAGAACAAUGAAGAGAACAUCAGCACAACACUCACUGAAAUGUACAUUCACUUUCUUCUGAUAAAGAUGGACAUGAAGAACCAGAAAUAUGACGAACAAGAAGAAACUGAAUGUUCAGAGCACUUACAAUUAAAUAAAGAGAUGAUUUUGAAGUUAUCCAAGUUGGCGUUUGAACAGUUGAAGAAGGAAAACAUUGUGUUCUAUAAGAAAGAUUUAAAAGAUUGUGGUAUUGAUGUGAGUAAAGACACUGAGUUCACAGGAAUGAUUGCUGAGAUCUUCAAAAGGGAACAUGGACUUCAUGGAGCAAAGGUCUUCUGCUUUGUGCAUCUGAGUGUUCAAGAGUUUCUUGCUGCAGUCCAUGUGUUCUUCUGCUACCUGAACAAGGACAUGCAGGAGCUUCAGUUUUUCUUGGAUGAGCCAGAAGAAAAUGUCACAUUGGAGGAGUUACUGCAGAAGGCCGUUGAUAAAGCAAUGCAAAGUAAGAGAGGGCAUCUGGACCUGUUCCUGCGGUUUCUGAUGGGCAUUUCACUGAAAUCCAGUCAAAUCCUGCUGAAAGGCCUGAUCACACACACUGAAGACACCACAGAGAGUAUCACUGAAAUGACUGAAUACAUUAAACACCAAAACAAGUACAAUGCCUCAGAUGAAGCUUCAGUCAACCUUUUCAACUGCUUACUUGAGCUCAAAGAUCAUUCAUUAUAUGAGGAAAUCCAGAGUUACCUCAGUUCAGAUGAACAUCCAGAAAGAGAUCUCUCAUCUUCAAUGUGUACAGUGCUGACCUACAUACUGCUGAUGUCAGAGAAGGUGCAGGAUGAGUUCAAUCCAAAGAUGUUCACAUCAACACAGGCAGGCUACACAAGACUUAUUCCAGCUGUGAGAUGCUGCAGAAAAGCUCUAUUUGAUGGCUGUGGUUUUGAUGAAACAUGCUGUGAAACAGUGUCUUCUGCUCUACAAUCAUCAAACCAUCUGAUAGAGCUGAACCUAAGCAGCAAUCACCUGCAGGAUUCAGGAGUGAAGCUGCUUUCUGAUGGACUGAAGAGUACACACUGUCGACUGAACAUACUGAGGUUGAGUGGCUGUAAUCUCACUUCUCAGUCCUGUGAAAGUUUGUCAUUAGCUCUACAAUCAUCAAACUCUGUCCUGAGAGAGCUGGACCUGAGUAAAAAUGACCUGCAGGAUUCAGGAGUGAAACUUCUUUCUGAAGAACUGAAGAGUUCAAACUCUAAGAUGAAGAUUUUAAGAUUUUCCAUCUGUAAUCUCACUGCACAGUCUUGUAAGAGUUUAUCAUCAGUUUUACAAUCAUCAAACUCUGUUCUGAGAGAACUGGACCUGAGUAACAAUGACCUGCAGGAUUCAGGAGUGAAGCUGCUUUCUGAAGGACUAAAGAGUCCAAACUCUAAGCUGGAGAUACUGGGGUUGUCUGGUUGUAUGGUGACAGAGAAAGGCUGUCAUUAUCUGUCUUCAGCUCUUGUUUCAAACACCUCACACCCGAGAGAGCUAGAUCUGAGCUACAAUCACCCUGGAGAUUUAGGAGUCAAGCUGCUCUUUGAAAUACUGGAGGAUCCAAACUGCUCACUGAACAAACUCAAUGUUGAUCAUGGAGGAGAAUUCAGGAUUACAGCAGGCUUCAAGAAAUAUGCCUGUUUUCUCACACUGGAUCCAAACACAGCACACAGUCAUCUCAGACUGUCUGAGGAGAACAGAGAGGUGGCAAAUGUGUCUCAGUCUCAGUUGUAUCCUGAUCAUCCAGACAGAUUUGAGGUGUAUCAUCAGGUGUUGUGUGAAGAGAGUGUGCUUGGACGAUGUUACUGGGAGGCUGAGUGGAGCGGAUAUGUGUAUAUAACAGUGUCAUAUAAGAGCAUCGGGAGGAAGGGAAGUCAAUGUUGGUUUGGACAUAAUGAUCAGUCCUGGAGUUUGUUCUGCUCUCCUGACAGUUACUCAUUAAGACACAACAACACUGAGAUGCAUCUCCCUGUGGAGCCCAUCAUCAUCAGAAGAAGAACUGGAGUGUUUGAUGACGAUGAGGAUGAUAAUAUCUCUAAAGUAGCAGUGUAUUUGGAUGAGAGCGCAGGAACUCUGUCCUUCUUCAGCAUCUCUGACACAAUGAGACUCAUCCACACAGUCCAGACCACAUUCACUCAAACCCUCUGUCCUGGGUUUUAUGUUGGUUAUAGAUCAUCAGUGAAACUGGGUUGAUGAAUCAGAAGAGACUGAGCAUAGAUUCUACCCAUAAUGCUUUUAGGUGCAUGAUGAAUCAUUAUAUAAAACAUUUCUUAGAAUAGAUUAUGAAAUGGAGAUCAUGUUAAAGUUUACCGGUGUGCAGAUUGACAGAAAUAAGUCAGCAUUACUCAAGUGCUCUGGUUCGUGUAUUACCUUUAAAUCAGGUUGUGUUUCUCAGCACAACCUUGCUGUAGUCUUUUUUCACUGUUCUAGUAUUUGAAGGAUAAGUUGACUUCUAGAUAAUUUACUAAUCCUUCUUCUUCUGUUGUUUAAAUGGCGAUUGACAAACCAACUGUAAGAUGCAUUUUCCGCCACCUACUGGAUAGGAGUGUGGAGCACAUCAGCUGGACGAUGUGGAUUUGAACUUAGACCAGGCAUCUCACCUGUACCCAGAGUUCCUGUUCCCGCCCAGCCGUCCUGUUAGCCCGCUGGUUCAGCCAAGCCAUCCUGAA